UUAAAUUUUAAUCAUAAUAAGUAAUCUUUGUGCUUAUAAUAUCGGUGUUUAGUAUUAAUUGUUAAUUUUGUUUAUAAAAUGAAUUUAAAAGUAAUAAUUUUAUUAAAUGUUUUAACGUUUCUAAAAUUAAUUCAAGCGAAUCAUCACCACGAUCACGAUAAGGCUAAUCUUAAAGAUCAUCACCAUAAAAAAUCAAUUGAACCAAAAUUUGCAUGGCAUCAAUUACUAUUUAAAGAUUUGCCAUCAGAUAGUGAUGAUUUAGAAGAAGAAUUUAUACCAUACAACAAUGUACCAAUGGGUGUUAGUAAAUGGGGUGAUAAAUUAAUUAUUACCGUACCACGUCGUAAACCAGGAAUACCAUCAACUUUAAAUUAUAUUAAAUUAAAACAACAUUCUUCCAAACAUGAAGAUAAUCAUAAUAUUGAUGUACCAUUAAUUCCAUACCCAAAUUUAGACGUAAAUAAAUUACGUUUGACUCCGACUCCAGAUACAUUGAACUUAGUUUCAAUUUAUCGUACGACUGUGGAUGAAUGUGAUCGAUUAUGGAUGGUUGAUACUGGUUUAUUGGAAUAUACAAGAAAUCGAACAUAUGUUCGUUCACCCAGAAUACUAGUAUUGGAUUUAAAUAAAAAUGAAUUCAUUCAUCAAUUUGAAAUAGCUGAUGAAUUACAUACACCAAAAUCAACUUUUGCAAGUAUUGCUGUGGAUGUAACACCGAAUCAUUGUGAUCAAACAUUUGCUUACAUACCCGACUUAAGUGCAAAUCAAGUGGUGGUUUAUGAUAUGAAGAAUCAAAAAGCUUGGAAAGUGAAUCAUGAUAGUUUCCAUGGUGAACCCGAUGGUGGAAAGUUUGAUAUAAAUGGUUUACAGUUUCAAUUACCUGAUGGUAUAUUUAGCAUUGCUUUGUCACCGCACCAAGAAGCAGGCUUAAGAACAGCAUAUUAUCAUGCAUUGGCCAGUACUAAUGAAUACAGUGUCUCCACAAAUGUUCUUAAAAAUCAAUCCAAAUUUAAUGAUAAUGUUUUUAUACGCUUAGGCGAUAAAGGGAUUAAACAAGAAACUAAUUGUUUUGUCAUGGAUCAGAAAACUGGAGUUUUAUUUUAUAAUCAAGUAAACAUUAAUGCAUUGGCUUGUUGGAAUAUAAAGAAACCAUUUAAUCAAAAGAAUCAUGUUCAAUUAUUCAACGAUAAUGAUCGAUAUAUUUAUCCAAGUGAUAUUACCAGUGAUGGACAUGGAAAUAUUUGGGUUAUGACAAAUAAAUUGCCAUUUUUUAUAUUUCAAGGAUUAAAUUCAACAGAUAUCAAUUUUCGUAUUUGGUCAUUUCGAGUAUCAGAUCUAAUAUCACACACCAAUUGUGCAUAAGUUCGUACUUUUUAUUGUAUAUUAUGUGAAAUUAUAAUAA